GGAGGCGGCCGUGCGAGGCACCCUGGGCUUGUUUUCCACCACCACCCGGGCCCGACGCCUCGCAGGCCCUCCGCACCGCGGCCCUCGCCCUCCGCGGCCCUCGGCCCUGUGCCCCGCGGGGGCCCUCUGCCCUCGCGGCCUUGGCUCCUCGCCCUCCGCGGCCUCGGCACCCCGAGCCGCAUGGGGGGGAGCGGCCGCGGCGCACCCAUCGGAUCCGCUUCCGCGCCGCCGCGCGCCCCGCCGCCGCCGGGCAUGGCGAGCUGCGGCGCGGGUGGCGCGCCGGCGGCCGCCGAGGGCGCGGCGUGGGCAAGCUACGGCGCGGGUGACAGGCGCUGCGGCCCAGAUGAGGCGGAGCGAGAGUCGCGGAAGCAGCAGGUGACACGCGCCGUGUGUCUCUCCAUGCUCUGCGGCGUGUGCCAGCAGGUGAUCACGCUGCAGUCUGAGCCGCGGCUCGUGCAACAGCUCUCUGGAGGCGACGCGGCGGCUGCGGCGAGGCUCUUGGGGAACACUGCAGGGCUGAUAGGAGCCCUCGGCCUGAUAGUCAACCAGGUGGGCAGCAAACUGUCAGACUCUCUUGGCCGCAAGGCCUUUUUUGUGGCCGGCCCGGCCACAACUUUUCUUGCGCAGGCGUUGAUCGCCAAGUUCCCAGGGAGCAGACGGGUGGUGCUCUCGUGCCGGGUGGUCAAAGGCCUCAUGACAGCUUUCUUGAGUUCGGUGAUGGCCACCACGUCCCUCACCGACGUCCUGAGUGGCCAGGAGCUCGCAAUGGCACUCAGCAAGAUUAGCGCAGUGGUCGGGCUGGGCGUCAGCGCCACAAGUAUCGGGGGGGAGGUACGUACGCAGGGGCGCCAGGAUUGAGCGAGCGGGGGUCUACACCUC